AUCAAGCUAAAUUCCCCUUUGUUUGCUUCAAUCCAAAAUGAAAAAAAAAAUUGUGUGUAAGCAGCGCAUCUUAGGCUAACGUGAACCACGCGCGGUUCUUCCCUUUCCCUCCAUUUCAAUCUCUGAGUCUGACAGAGAGAGAUUUCUACAUACAGCAACAAUUGAAUGAAGCUAACCAUAUAACUACGCAAGCUCCGUUGCCCUCUCCUUCUCAAUCUCCUUUCUCUCUCCCUCUCUCUAGAGAUUUUGAUUUCUGGUGGUCUGGGUUUAUCGGGACAUAGCUUCUGCGUAAAGCUGCAUGAUUUUGAUUAGCGGUCAUGGAAGGGUUUAUAAUUCGGCAGAAGUAUUAGUAGACCGUACGAAUUUUCUCCUGUCCAAAGGUCAGCUAUGGCGUUUUCAGCUGCUACUCGCUCCAAUAUUCCUACCGCCUCUUCUUGCCGCAAGUCUAAGUUUUCCUCUUUGAGGCUCAAUUCAAAGCAAAAUAAAAUAAGUUUUACGUCCAAACUGAAAAGAGAAGACCCUUCUUUGAAGAUCGUUAAAUCAAGCUUAAAUAACAGAAGGUCAAGUAUUAAUGACAAUGGAGCUACUGAACCUGCUAGAAUUCUUCUUGAGAGAUUGUUUGCACAGACACAGAAACUGGAAAAACAGAUAAGUAGAGAUUCUCAACACCCUCAGGAUGUUCAACUGGGUCUUAACCUUGAAACAUUGGAGGCUGAUCUUGUGGCUGCAUUGGCAGCACUGAAGGAAAAGGAAGAUGAAUUACAAGAUGCAGAGAAGACAGUCUUUUUGGAACACAGCGAAUUAGACCGUGCAAAGAAGGAGCUGGAGCAGCGGGAGAAAGAAAUUGCUGCUGCUCGUUAUAAGUACGAAAAGAUAGAAGAGGAACUGAAGGAAGCUAAUUAUAAUUUAACUUCUCAAGCUAGGCAGAUAGAAGAUCUAAAACUUCGACUUAGGGAGAGGGACUCAGGCAUUACCACUGCACAGUCCGCGCUGUCUCUGAAAGAAGGUGAAAUGGCCAAAAUGAGAAAGGAAUUGAUGACGAAGAAUGAAGAAGCUGCCAAAAUUGGUUCUGAUCUAAAGUCUAAGGCUCAGCUUCUGAAUCAAGCCAAUGAAGUAGUGAAGGAGCAAGAAAUUGAAAUUCAAGGUCUCCGAAAAGCUAUCCAAAAGAAAGAAGAAGAACUAGAUGCUUCUCUGACCCUGAGGAAAAUUGAAGAGGAGAAGCUGAAAGUUGCAGAAUCCAACUUAGAGAAGCAGACAAGGGAGUGGUUACAAUCCCAGGAAGAACUAAAGAAACUGACAGAGAAAACAUCCAAACACGCUCGAGAAACUAACGAGACAUUGGAUGACUUUAGAAGAGUGAAGAAACUUCUUACUGAUGUGCGGUCUGAGUUGGUUUCCUCUCAGAAAGCUCUGGCAUCCUCUAGGCAGAAGAUGGAAGAACAAGACCAGCUGUUAGAAAAUCAGAUGGAAGACCUUGAAGAACAGAAAAAAAGUGUCAUGUCUUAUAUGUCAAGUUUGAAAGAUGCCCAAAUAGAAAUAGAAAGUGAGAGAAUAAAGCUUAGGGUUGCAGAAGCUCGAAACAAGGAGCUUGAGCGGGACUUGUCUAUGGAGAGGGAGCUGGUGAACGAGUUACAAGAGGAGUUGAAGAAAGAGAGAUUUUCAUUGCAGCAAGCAGUGCAGGAAAAGUCUUCUCUCCAAGAGGAGCUAGACCAGAAAAGUUCUCAAUUUGAAAAAACACAGAGUCUUCUUCAGGUUAAGGAGUCAGAAUUUGUGGCGGCUAAGCUAGAAAUCCAACAUUUGAAAUCUGAGCAGGCUACACUUAAGCUUGCACUGGGCGAGAAGGAUUUGGAACUCCUGACUGCGAGGAAGAAGCUUGAAGACUUGAGCAAGGAAACUGCUGACCUGACGAUGCUUUUGAACAGUCAAGAGAACCAGCUUAUUCAAGCAAUUGCCUUGUCAACAGAGAAAGAUGAACAGGUUGGAAUAAUUCAAAAUGAACUGAAUCAGACAAUGCAGAAAAGAGUUGAAGCUGAAAAUGUGGUAGAACGGAUUGCUGAGCUUACGAACAAAUUGGUUAUAUCUAUAAAGGAUGAAGGCAUGGGCCAUGAGUUUUUCCAGCAACCAUGGGAAGAACCAGCGGAUGAGUAUAGGUUGCAGAGAAAACAACUGGAAAAUGAGCUUGAGUUGACGAGAGAGACCUUAAGAAGAAAAGAAAUGGAUGUUCUAGCUGCUCAAAGGUCUCUUGCAAUCAAAGAUGAGGAGCUUAAAGUGGUUCUUGGGAGUUUAGACGCAAAAGAGAAAGAGCUCAAGACCAUGAAAGAGGAAAUUGAACAAGAUGCUAAUGAUCUAAGAAAGCUGUACGCUUUAGCACAAGAGAGAAUAGGUCAGGAAAGUUUAGGGGACUUAGCAAUCGAGAAGCUUCAGCUUGAGGCGUCUCAACUAGAAGUUGAAGCUGCGACCAGUGCUCUUCAUAAACUUGUAGAUUUGAGUCAAGAACUUUUGAAUAAAACUACACUGGGCAUUGAGGUUGAUAAUGAUAUUAGCAUCUUCCCAGUAGAUGGCUCUGAUCCUUGGAAGAGCAUGGGGGAGAACAACGAAUGUUUCACAAAGGUUACAACAGAAGUUUUCCGGCUUUCUGCUUUGACAGAGGAGCUUGUGAAGGAGGCUGGUGUUUCAUACUAUAAAAGAUAGGAGGGAUCUCUUCCGUUCAAGAAAGCUCAUCGUCUAGCCUAAGAGCAUGCGUAGCCAAUCCAUGAGCUGUAACAUUAAAGUUACGACUAACAUGAGAAAGAGAUGUCUCCAGAAAGUUAGACAAUAAAACUUUUAUAUGAAAAAAAUGACUCUCAUUUCAUUGUGAUAUACAGUAGUAUUAUCCAAAGCUCGGACCAAAGACAAUGAGUCAGUGAAGAAAACUUUAAUAGGUAGGCCAAUUCUUCGAACUCAAGUUGGUCCCACCAAUGGAGCUAGUGUUUCAACCUUAAAACUUUUCAAUCGACCAUUUAUGUAAGAAAUUAUUUAUUUUGAAAGUUUCUAACCAAAGGGUGUCCCUUUGGUUAUGUAUUAAUGUAUUUUCUACCUUGUAGCAGUUUUGCAAGGGAUGUUAUAAUAUUCUUAUUUGUAUAUAAAACAACUACUCCAAAGCCAACUAUAUUAGUGGGUGCCAAAAUAGCUGCAUCCACAAAAAUAGCGAAGCGAGAUCAUAUAUUUUUAUU